AUGUCGAUUCUCGUGGCCGUGGCCGCACAAGCGGCCGGCGACGGGGCCGCACUGCUGGCGUUCAAGGCCGCGGCGAUCGGCGGCGGCCACCACAACCACAACCGGCUGCUUCCUUUCGUGGAAGUGGAACAGCACCAGCGCUGGCGGCUUCUGCAGCUGGGAGGGUCAGGUACAAACCAGCUCGAGGGACCCAUACCACCUCAACUUGGCAGCAUGGGAGACCUACGCUUCCUUUAUCUCUUCGAGAACAACCUCUCAGGUCAGCUUCCAUCCUCUCUCUACAAUCUGUCCAUGCUGCAAGCUCUCGUCGUAGCUAACAACUCCUUGUCUGGAACCAUUCCUAGUAAUAUUGGCGAUAGGUUGCAUAACAUUGAAAAUCUGGACUUUGCUGUCAACCAGUUUCAUGGAACCAUCCCGCCUUCACUCUCCAACCUCUCUGCUAUUACAAACCUUCAGCUUUCGACAAAUAGUUUUGUUGGGCACGUUCCAUCUGCCUUUGGGAGACUGAAAGGUCUCGUUAUUCUGUACUUGGAAGGGAACAAGCUGGAAGCAAAUGACACGGAGGGUAUCGGUUAUUUGGUUGGUCUGCAAGUUCUUGUUAUGGCCAAUACUUCUAUAUCCGGAGUGAUUCCAGAGAGUAUUGGUCACCUACAAAACUUGGCCGUGUUAGGACUUUACAACACUAACUUGUCAGGCCUAGUACCUUUGUCAAUAGGAAAUCUUACGCAGUUAAACAUACUUCUUGUAUAUAAUCUUAAACUGGGCCAGAACUCGUUUGUGGGAAGCAUACCUCAAUCUCUAGAAAAUUUGAAGGGUCUUGCUCUACUGAACCUAACAAUGAAUAAGCUAUCUGGAACCAUUCCUGAUGCCCUUAGUAGUAUUCGUGGCCUGAAAGAGUUGUAUCUAGCUCACAACAACCUGUCUGGUUUGAUACCCUCAGGUUUACAGAAUUUAACAUUCUUGUAUGAAUUGGAUCUGUCUUUCAAUGAUCUGCAAGGUGAAGUGCCAAAAGGGGGUGUUUUUGCAAAUGAAACGUACUUUUCAAUUUAUGGCAAUGGAGAGCUUUGUGGCGGAAUACCUCAACUGCAUUUAGCUUCAUGCUCCAUGUCUACUAGAGAAAUGAAAAACAGGCAUUUGUCCAAAUCCCUUAUCAUCUCCCUAGCAUCAAUCAGUGCACUUGUAUGCUCGGUUUUAGUGGUGAUUCUUAUUCAGUUGAUGCACAAGAAGCUCAGAAAAAGGCAUGAAAGUCAAUUCAUAUCCACAAUUGAGGAACCGCAUGAAAGAGUUUCUUACCAUGCAUAUCGAAUGGGACCAGUGGUUUUUCAGAGGCCAAUUUGCUUGGACAAGGAAGCUAUGGCAUGGUUUAUAAAUGUACUUUACAUGAUGAUCAGGGAACUAUAG